CUAAAUCAUAAACGUCUCAAAGACAUCUGUUAAAUGUCUUAUUGACAUCCGAGAGGAAACGUCUUAUAGACGUAUUGAAGAUGAGCAAACCUAAAAAAUACUUCUUCCAGAUGUAAACACACACAUCAAAUAGACGUCUGGGUGUUGCACGUGUGCUAUCAGGGUGGAGUUUUAAGGAUUACUUUAAUGCUGUCUUUAUGUGCUUUUAGGAGCUUCAAAGUGCUGGUCACCAUUCACUGGCACUGUGAGGACCUAAACAGAUCUGAGAAAUUCUUCUUAAAAUCUUCGUUUGUGUUCAGCAGAAGAAAGAAAGUCAUACACAACUGGGACGGCAUGAGGGUGAGUAAAUGAUGAGAGAAUUUUCAUUUUUGGGUGAACUGUUCCUUUAAUGUUAUAGUGUUCCGGUAAUGAGAAUCAUCAUAUUGAUUUGGGGUAAAUAUAUGACCAGGACAUUUUCUUGACAGGUUUCGUGACUGACAUUUACUUCGAUACUGAAUUCUGGUGUGUUUUUAUGUUCCCUCUGCUACACCCUUGCCUUUAACACUGAACACCCCUAUCGCGUUUGGUGUUGUUGACUAAACACGCGUGCUGAAUGCCAUGGCAACGGCAACAGCGGAAUUUCAUUUACGCGCUUAGAAACCGACGCCUAAAACCUAAGCUUACCUACAACUUUUUCAUGCACUAACAUUUAAUUCAGAAGACGCAAAUCUUGUUUAUAUAUCAGUUAUAGAGCAGGUUGAGAGGAAUACCAUGUGACAGGAGCGUUACGUCUGCGGCGAUUAAAUCUGUGACGUAAGCGACGCCAGCGGCUCUGUGGCAGUAAGUGGAUGAAGCGCGUUCAGCAGUUGUGAAGGACGUCAGUGACCAUUCGCGUCUUGACAUUCACAAUACACGCUUCGGUUUGCUGCGAAACCAAUACACGUCGAAUAUCGCACCGCGCUAUCUGGGGUUGAAAUGCACUUGCGUUAGCGACCUUUUCACUCCCGUUUCUCCUAUCGGUAAAGCUUAAGGUGUUUCGCUGUUAAUGUAACACUGGAAGACGCACCGAUGUGACACAUUGGAUCUGUCUGAUGCGUGUACGCGCUCUCACGUAUUGUUAGAUACUUUAGUGACCAGAUGAUGGGCUAUUUGGAUGCCUGCUAAGCUUUUUGAACACGAAAUUGUCUGUCAAUCAAUCUGGUUUCCAGCGGUGCACAGCAGCUCUUCUGUCAACAUACCUCCCGUUCACGCCAGUCUGUCUUCAUCGAGGAAAUUGGGUCCACGUCUUCGUCUACUGAUGGAGAUAUUAGGAACUUUGUGGAACCAUUAGAUCUCCCUAAACUGACGAAUGAGCAAAAAAACUCUCUUGAUUCUGAGAUAACCUUGGAGGAGCUUGAUGAGGUAAAGAUGGAAACAGAGCAGCAAAAUCAAAGCCAGUCCAAGCCAAAUGAUCAGACAUCAUCUGUGGAACCAAAAGGACAAGCAGAGUCUUACUCGCCCUCCCCAUCUUCUACUGCCCCUAAUACCCCACCACCGGCUCCAGCCAGACCAAGACGACCCCAGAGAACCCCUCAAGUGGAAGGAUCUAUUGACGUAUCAGAGCCCAAGCCUCCAGAAUCUCCUAAACUGAACCAAUUGACCAGCCAUGCUGACCUGGUUGACUCUAACAAACCCAACCAUCCUUCAGAAGCAAGACCCCAACUCAGUGUUGGAAAUGUUGGCCAGGGACCUCCAAGUUUGGCUGGACAGAAGAUUUCAGGACACGCAGCUGUUGCUCGAAGUCACAUUGCAGUUAGAACAGCCUCCCUUCCUCAGGCCCUAUCUUACAAACAACCACCUUCAGAUCCUGUCCUGCACCCUCAGAGAGCCCUAUCAGUCGCUGGGACUGCUGACACUCAGGCUCAGGUCAUGGAGGAUUUCAGAAUUCAUAUCAUCACAUGGAACGUGGGCUCAGCCAUGCCACCUGAUGACAUUACUUCUUUAUUGGGUUUGAAUAUCGGUGAUGGAAACACAGACAUGUAUAUUAUUGGUUUACAGGAAGUGAACUCAAUGAUCAAUAAACGGCUGAAAGAUGUUCUUUUCACUGAUCAGUGGAGCGAGGUCUGCAUGGAUGCUCUCAGCCUCUUCGGAUAUGUACUGGUCACAUCUCAAAGGAUGCAGGGAAUGCUGCUGCUCGUCUUUGCCAAGUACUAUCACCUGCCUUUCCUGCGAGCUAUUCAAACACAGACCACACGCACCGGACUCGGUGGUAUCUGGGGUAAUAAAGGAGGUGUAAGUGUGCGUAUGACUGUCUUUGGCCAUUCAAUCUGUUUCUUAAACUGUCACCUGCCCGCACACAUGGAGAACUCAGAGCAGCGCAUGGAGGAUUUUGAAAGCAUUCUGCAACAGCAACAGUUCGAAGGUCAAGCUGCUAUGGGUGUCCUGGAUCACGAUGUGGUUUUCUGGUUUGGAGAUCUGAACUUCCGAAUUGCGGACCUGGAUAUGCAGGUUGUGAAAGGAGCUAUUGAAAAUAACAAAUUCUCCAUAUUAUGGGAAAAAGACCAGCUUAACAUGGCUAAAGACAGUGAGACUGUGCUUGAGGGCUUCCACGAGGGGCCACUUAAAUUUCCUCCUACAUAUAAAUUUGAUGUGGGUACAGACACAUAUGACACCAGUGGGAAAAAGCGUAAACCAGCAUGGACUGAUCGUAUUCUUUGGCGGUUGAGGCCGAUGGCUCAGGUCACCAACAGCACAUCCAAGCGCAGCUCCUUGUCGGGCCUAACCAGCGGAACCCGUGUGUCCCAACAUUUUUACCGUAGUCACAUGGAGUACACCGUCAGUGACCACAAGCCUGUCUCCUCUAUGUUCACUCUGCAGUUCCCAUAUAAAGUGGACAUCCCUUUGGUAACAAUCUUUGUGGAGGAUGAAUGGACGGAGAUAUCUGAUGCAGUAGCCACAUUCAAGGUGGCUCCCAACUUUUCUCGAAGCUCUUGGGACUGGAUUGGGCUUUACAAGGUUGGGUUUAAACAUCAUAAAGACUACGUAGGGUAUAUUUGGGCCAAACAGGAGGAGUCUGAUUUCCUGAGACAGGAGCACCAAGUGACUUUUGCAGAGGAGGAGUUGCCAAAGGAUUCUGGUGACUUCAUUCUGGGUUACUAUAGCAACAAUAUGGGCUCCAUUGUGGGUGUCACUGAGCCAUUCCAGAUUCAACUUCCAGCAUCCACUGCAGUAGAUCUAAGUGCAUCAGACAGCUCUGACUUCACAUCUGAAGACGAGGUAAAGCAGGCUGACUCUGGCGCCUCAAGCCCUGUGGUUGAGGAGCGACAGAGCAGGGAUUGGAGCGCCAAACCUAGCAAAGGGCAACCAAGUAAUCCGAAUGAACCACAUUCCAAAGACAACUUGCCACAUUCCAGCUCUUGCAAGCAGAGUGGUGAUACCCUUGAACUGAGCCAGACCUCUGAUGACCCUGUGGCUUCUGAUGAAAGUUUUAACUCAGGAAAAGAUGCAACCAAGCCAGAACCUUAGCUAAGUACACCAUUUGCUCUGCAGGAUUCAACUUGCUUGAGGCUGUGGUGGCAGGUUUCUGCUGGGUCUAUAAUGUUGUUGUACAUUUACUGUCCUGUGAUGUUCUUUGGAGAUGUUGUGUUAUAUGCAGGGCAGCAGUAAGCAUUUAUUAUGUGGCUCCCUCCAACAAAAUACAAGAGGGCAGGCUAAAUUGUUGUCUGUGUCUGUUUUUCAUUCUAUGUAGAAAUGUCUCUCUUUCUCUCUCUCUCUCUCUCUCUCUCACACACACACACACACACACACACACACACACACACACACACUGUCUCUCUCUCUAACUGCACAAGGCAAAACCUGAAACUCAAAGAAAUAAUUCUGAUUAUACUUGCAUAAUAUUAAUGCUUUUAAUCAAUUCAUAUGGAAGUCAUUUCCAGAAUCUAUCAGGGUUUAAUGCACAAUAGAAAACAAUUGUGGUUCUUAUUGGGAUUGAUUGAAGCAGAUUCUCUUUAGUACAGCAUAGGUUUUCUCUGUUCCAAAUACUUGUGAACUGCCUGCCUAGACAGCAUUUUUAGGCAUCAUAAGUACACUUCCAAUGUAAAAGCUGUUCUAAACAGAAGGCAGACAAGUUAUGCUGCCUUGUAAGAUACAUUCGCCAAAUCCUAAUGGUGCUAUCACACUAACCUUCACACGGUGAAAUUCUAUGGGCGAAAUACAGUAAUUUCAAUGGGAAUCUGCACGAUCAGCGAGAAUAUCCGCUCGCGGAUUUCGCGUGGAGUUCAUGUUUGGUGAACUUUAACAGGCGAAUUCGCCGUGUUGACCAAUAGGAAGUUGCUGGUUUUGGCAGUGACCUCUGUGUGAGCGGUGCUUCGUACAGAGCUACACUGAGUAUUCACAAUGGACAAGGAUAUAAUUUUAGCAGUGAAUUUCUUUUUAAUUUGAGUCUCACAGUAUGUAAAGUGCAGCAUUAAAAAGAGGCAGUUCACAUAUAAAUGAUACUUUUGCUGGUUUAACACAUGCUCAACAUCUGUCAACGCCAUGUGAAGGUAUGUGUGACCAGAGCUUAAGGCAGUAGUGCAUAUAUCCUUCAUGGAUAUUAUUAGUGAACCCCAGAAAGCACUGUGAUGAACGAAGUAAAAUAAUACAUCUAAGAUGGCAGACGGAGCAGGAGAAAUGCCGAUUAUACUUCUAUUUUAUUCAACACUGUGAAACAUUGAUAAAAAGUAGCUCGGUUUCAUGCAAUAUUUUUGUGUGCUAUAUAUUUAUGUUGUUACCUUAGCAACAUGCUAACAUCAGACUCAUCUGAUCAGAUUCAUUGGGAAUCGUCUGUGAGCAUUAAGGCUGGAUUACACUACACAACUUAAACAGAUUUUAGACCCGAUUUUCAGUCGAGCCAAGUUGGUGCCAAUCAGGGCUAGUCAGCUUUCACAGACAAUCACAUAGUAUAUGAUGGGUCUCUUAGCCUCCUUAGCCUCGAUAUUUAAGCCUCCUACUACCAUUGCAUUUAGUCUGAUGAUAUUAAGUAUGUUUGAUAUUUUUGAGUCAACAAUCCACGACUACAGAUGAAAUCUUGCAUGGCAGCUCACCAGGGUUUGGAACAGAGCUUGGGACUUCAUGAUGUUUGGCCACAUAAGAACAUUGGUAAUUCCCUGCUAAAGGUGAAAUUCUUUGGUCAUUACCUUGUUGUAACAGGGAGGGUAAAUUUGAUUACAACAUGCUCUGCAAAUGCAGAUCCACACUCCUCAGGUCCUUGAAAGGCAAACACACAUAAAGGGAUGACACAGGCCAACAUUCGUUGACUCUUAACUAACACAACACUUCGGCUACACUACAGUUUGGAUAUUAUUCAUGUUUAUCUUAAACAGUUGCAUCUUGUAAUCUUCUAGGACAAUUAUGAAGUCUAUUCCUCUCAAAGUUGUGACUACCAUGCCAUCGUGUUCCUGUGGUUAAUGCCCUUGAAAAGAAUUUGAAAGUAACAUCCUGCUCCUUGACCUGCCAAAUUUAAAGUCAACAUGAAAUGAUAUUUGCAACUCAUUUCACAUCCGUAAUGUGAUAUAAUUCCAAAUGAAUUGGAAGGAGGAUUUGGUGAUGUUUGGUGUAAAGGAAAGUUGCUUCAGUGGCGGAAAGUAAUUUCACAUAACAAAUAGUGCACUAUAGGAGUAUGUUCACACUGACAGUGAUUAAAUCUUUGGAGGUUACUGUUGGUUGCUAUGAAACGUUCCUGCAGGCAGUGAAUCACGUGAGCUGCUGCAUUGUUUCGCUGUGUAUUUGCAUAAAGUUGAACUCUGCUCAACUUUUGCAUCUGAUCUCAAAUCGCCAUCUCUCGCAAAUGAAUGACUUCCAGUCACUUUGUUAAUGCAUUGUUCAGAGUGAAAACCCCUUAAAGUAAUAGGUCAGACAAAAAAAUAAAAACAAUUCUGUUAUUUAUUCUCCCUCAUUUUGUUCCAAACCCAUAGGGCUUUCUUUCCUCUGGAGAACACAAAAUGAAAUGUUAGACAGAAUGUCCAAGCCACUCAUUUCCGUUCAUUAAAAGUGACUGGGGGCUUUCAAACUCUGAAAAGGACAAAAAAGUACCAUGUAAGUGAUCCAUACGACUCAAGCAGCUGUCCAAGCCAUUCCAAGUCUUUUGAUUUUUGGGUGAACUGUCCCUUUAAGACCAGGAAAGACAUAGGGUCAGUUUUGAUUUCAUGUUGACUUUAAAGAAUGACUGCAUGGUUUAUAUCUGAGAUUUAAUCUGGUUUUUGUCAAGUAUUGUAUCAUUACUGUACUUGUGGUAGGAAUCCUAGGAUAUUCUUUGCUGUCUAGGGCUUACUAGGGUUUAUCCUCCAUGGUAAAAUCUAUUGUCUCCUCUCCAUCUCUUCCACAAUCGCUCAGAAUUUCCAUCUUUUUCUAUGUCCUCUCCCCUCUCAUUUCUCCACUUCUCACCUUGUCUUUUCAUCUCCAAAUCACACCCCUCGCGGGUCACAGUGUCUGGUUGUCACAUUGUGUACCGGGCUCUGUUAAGGGCUCAGAUGUUGUCAGAAGUAGUAUAUUGGAUUGGUAGUUUGUGCCCCAUUUAUGAAAUGUUGUACAAUUACUACUUAGCCUUUGGACACGUGGUGUGCUGUCACUGUUUACAUGGUUAGGUGAGUGAGAGUAUAAGCGUGUCAGUGUUUAUUACAGUGUCUAUGUUUCUGCAUGGAUGUGUCAUGGAUAUUCCCAGUGCUGUGCUAACAGCCACCUUUUAAUAUUGUAGUGAUGUUGAAAAGUAUCAUUCCUAGUAAAUGGAAUAGAAAAUGUAGGUAUUGAAAGUUUCGAGACAUGAAAAUAGUUAUUAUUUUACACACGUUUUGGAAAUAAUCUGUGUAGUUUGCUGCUUUGGAAUCUUUGGAAAUCAAAACAAUCCAGCAUUCUAGAAUAAGAUAUUUUUCCACUUGAGAAAUACUUCAGUUAACAGUAUGGAUAACUGCAUAGGUUCUUAAAAUAUAUGUAUGUAUGUUUUAACUUAGUAUCUCUAUUGCUAUUAGAGAAGGAAAUUCCAAUAGUUUAUGCUAGUUUGCAACUAUAAUAAGAGGCAAAAAAGUAACCCUUCACUUGAGUUUGUCAGCACCUAUUAUAUUUUAAUACGCAAUCCUACUACAUUUGAAGUAAAAUCAGAUGCACUAUUGGAAAUUCUUGUUUCCUUUGAAGGCCAAAUAAAUGUUUUGCAAGUGCCGGUGUUUAAAUCAUUUUACUGUGUCCAGAUGAAGAUUUUUUUGUGAUUAUAUUUUGUUGAUUUUGAAAUGAUUUUGUGCUCACAAGACAACGUAUAAGCAUGUAUAAGAUAGGUUAUAGAAUGAAAUGAACUCAAAGAUUGGAAUUAUAUAAGAUGUGGGUGUAGUUAAGUAGAACAGAUGACAAUCAGUGCCAAAACAGAAGAUAUUGUAUUUAUUUUCGAUUGUAUUUAUUUUCAUAUUCAUGACAUUAAAUCAAUGUAAAGUCAGAUUCUGCUGGUCAGUGUGUUUAAAUCAUUAUUAAGAAUUAUUAUGGAGAAUAAGAAUUUAUAAUGUUAUAUAAAAUAAUUUGUAAGAUUUCCCUUUUCAAUUCUGCACUCUUUAACAUUUCAUUUUUAUUCUUUAUGAAAACAAAUGUUGUCGCUUUAAUCAUUUUAUUGUUUACUGUAUAUUCACGUUCAUUAUGAUUAAAUACAUUUUGGACAUUGUAUUGAGCAGAAUGUAUUGACUUGGUAGGCUUGUGAACCAUUGUUCUAGGUUGUUGUUGUUGUAUAAUGGUGUCUUGCCUUAGACCACUGUCAAACAUUGGUGUUCAAAUGAAAAUAAAUCCUUUCAAAGUGGAA